AGUCAUUCAAAUUGAACCUUUUAGAUUUGCACUAUUUCACAGCCAGUGCUCUAGCGUUGCUGCUGCUUGUCUGAGCAGACUUAUUUAAUAUGGCACCUGGUGUGGAAAGGGGGCAGAACCAUGCCCAGCUACUCAACACGGAAUCGAACGAAGACUAUGAAUGCUCUCUUAAUGAUCUCAAGACUCUUAUGGAGUUUCGUGGCGCAGAGGGGAUUCAAAAAAUAAAGGAAAGUUACGAGGACAUUAACGGAUUAUGCAAGCGCUUGAAGACCUCACCUACUGAUGGUUUAAGUGAGGGUCCGGAGCAAUUAGAGCGGCGUAGAACUAUCUUUGGAAAAAACCUAAUACCUCCAAAAAAGCCAAAAACCUUUCUCGAGCUAGUGUGGGAAGCCGUGCAAGAUGUUACACUCAUUAUUUUGAUUGUUGCUGCACUUAUCUCUCUAGGCCUAUCCUUCUAUAAACCUCCUGGCCAAACUGAAAACACGUGUCUUCCCGAGAACUACGCUGCCGGUGGUGAAGCAGGAGAAGGUGCUGCUGGUUGGAUAGAGAGCGCUGCAAUCCUUGGUUCUGUGGUUGUUGUGGUCCUUGUUACUGCCAUCAAUGAUUACACGAAAGAGAAACAAUUCCGAGGUCUACAGAAUAAGAUUGAGCAGGAGCAGAAGUUUGCUACUAUCCGGAACAAACAGAUUUUGGAAAUCCCUGUUGCUGAUAUUGUGGUUGGCGACAUUACGCAAGUCAAAUAUGGUGACCUGUUGCCUGCUGAUGGAGUUGUAAUUCAAAGUAACGACUUGAAAGUAGACGAGAGUUCACUUACUGGAGAAUCUGAUCAUGUAAAGAAAGGGUUAGAGGUUGACCCCUUUAUGUUGGCAGGUACCCAUGUAAUGGAAGGUAGUGGUAGGAUGCUGGUAACAGCAGUAGGUGUCAACUCACAAACCGGAAUUAUAUUCUCUUUACUGGGAGCUUCAGAAGGCGAAGUCGUGCAAAAAAAGAAAAGCAAAACUGCUAAAAAAUCAGCGGGCACCAAAAGUAACGGACACGGCUCAAAUAAUUCGGGCAAGCGAGAUGAUGAAACUGCCAACAAUCGUGCUGAUGGUCAGAUAAAUCACGAUCACGGAGGACAAGAGAUGAUCCCGCUCACGGAGCGAGUAGGUGAGACACCGGAGGAAGAAGAGGAAGGAGCAGAGGAAGCUAUAAAGAAGAAGAAAACAUCACGGAGGAAAGAGCAAUCUGUUCUUCAAGCUAAGCUUACCAAACUCGCUGUACAGAUUGGUUAUGGAGGUUUCUUUGUUUCAAUUCUAACUGUCUUGAUCCUGAUUAUCAUAUUCUGUGCUGAGAUCUUUGGAACGUAUGGUUUUACAUGGAGGAGCGAAUGCACUUCAGUUUACAUCCAAUAUUUUGUCAAGUUCUUCAUUAUUGGUGUGACUGUCUUGGUUGUCGCUGUACCAGAAGGUCUUCCUCUUGCUGUGACCAUUUCCCUGGCUUUCUCAGUUAUUAAAAUGAUGAAAGAUAACAACUUGGUCCGACAUCUUGAUGCUUGUGAAACAAUGGGAAACGCCACCGCAAUUUGCUCUGACAAAACAGGCACAUUAACAACAAACAGGAUGACAGUAGUAGAGUGCUACAUGGCUGGCAAACAUUAUACAGCUGGCCUACCCAAACAUAGUGAUAUACCAGGCAGCAUCCUGCAACCUCUGGUCACUGGUAUAUCAGUAAACAGUGCAUACACUUCUAAAAUUCUGUCUCCUGAGAAAGAGGGAGGACAGCCGAUGCAAGUCGGAAACAAGACUGAGUGCUCGCUUCUAGGAUUUGUUGGGGAUUUGGGAAGAGAUUAUGAGAGCAUCAGAAAGGACAUCACUGAAGAGAAACUCUACAAGGUGUACACCUUUAACUCAGUAAGGAAAUCCAUGAGCACUGUGAUUCAAAAUGAAGAUGGAAGUUUCCGUCUUUACACUAAAGGAGCAUCGGAGAUUGUCCUUAAAAAAUGCACAACCAUCCUGGAUGGGACCGGUGAGGUCAUUCGUUUCACGGUUGCCGAUAGAAACCAGAUGGUUAAGGAUGUUAUUGAGUGCAUGGCGAGCAACGGGCUUCGUACCAUCGCUCUCGGAUAUCGGGACUUUCCUGCGGACUCUCCUCCGGACUGGGAUCAGGAGAACACUGUCGUCUCCAACCUCACCUGCAUCGGGAUUACAGGGAUUGAAGAUCCAGUUCGACCUGAGGUUCCUGAUGCCAUUAUCAAGUGCCAGCGUGCGGGUAUUACAGUUCGAAUGGUGACAGGGGACAACGUAAACACAGCGCGUUCCAUUGCUGCUAAAUGUGGUAUCAUCAACCCACAAGAUGAUAUUCUCGUUAUGGACGGAAAAGAGUUUAACCGACGCAUUAGGAACUCUAAGGGGGAGAUCGAACAAAGUAGAUUGGAUGCAGUAUGGCCCAAACUAAGGGUCCUGGCUCGCUCUUCACCCACUGAUAAGCAUACACUUGUGAAGGGAAUAAUAGACAGUACAGUCACCCCUGUUCGCGAAGUAGUAGCUGUCACUGGUGAUGGUACAAAUGAUGGGCCUGCACUUAAGAAAGCUGAUGUAGGAUUUGCUAUGGGAAUUGCUGGCACCGACGUGGCAAAGGAGGCUUCCGAUAUUAUUCUCACGGAUGAUAACUUCACUUCGAUUGUAAAGGCAGUCAAAUGGGGAAGGAAUGUAUACGACAGUAUUGCUAAGUUCCUGCAGUUCCAACUCACAGUGAACGUGGUCGCUGUAAUUGUGGCUUUUCUCGGCGCCUGCAUCCUCAGGGACAGUCCCCUGAAAGCAGUCCAAAUGUUAUGGGUGAAUCUUAUCAUGGACACUCUCGCAUCACUUGCUCUUGCUACGGAGCAACCUACGGAUGCUCUUCUGCUCCGGAAGCCCUACGGCCGCAACAAGGCCCUUAUUUCACGAACAAUGAUGAAGAAUAUCCUCGGGCACGCGUUCUAUCAACUUGUGGUCAUCUUCUGACCAGAACCUCCGAAGAGGACAAAUUCUUUGGUUCCGGGGUCUUAACAGGAUCCAACAACAGAUAAGUGUCGUGGAUGCAUUCCAGCAGUCCUCUGACCGACGGAAGACAUCCUCCGCAUUCGGCGAUAUUCGGGUAGUUAAUGCAUUCCGUAGCUCCCUGUACGAGACCCGGCAUUACAAGCGCAGUAUGAACUCCCUGACCUCGAUCCAUGACUUUCUGCCGCAGCAACAUCACCAUGAUGACGACGACGAGGAAGAAGAAGCUCAACAACUCGUCACGAGCGUUCAAGUCCUUGCCUCAGAAGAGAACUCCACUGAAAACAACCAAACGCAGAAUUCAGUUGCGUAAUGGUUAAUUAAAGUGGAAAAACUCGCUACCUCUGAAAACAUCAUGGCUGGCAACACCUGUAGUUGUUUGCCACCGCCAGACAAUGUGCUGCCAUUUAGCGGGCAUAGGUGCUUACCAAUGUGAAGAACUGUAAUAUAUAUAUAUUUAUCAAAAACCCCUAUUCCGUUGUUAAAUUGACGUGAUUCAGUUUUUUGUUUUAAUUCUCAUUGGACACGGUACGCUGUGUGCAGAGCAAGUAGCUAUUAUAUAUAUAGCUCCUGUCAAAGCACUUUACUGUUAAACUUAUACCUACAUAUCGUUACAUAUCCACUGCAGGUGUAUUGCAUUUUUCUUUCACCCCGCGUUUUUUGCAGUGGUUGUCCUUGAUUAUUCUGAUAGAAGCCAAUGAUUAUUCUGCGCACAGAGUUCUUAAGAUUGCUGCAUAGUGAUUGUGCACUUAUGCUGCCGGGUCUCUGUCUCGAGUUACGAGCAACCUGUUUAAAUAUAAACGCUUCCGCAUUCUUCAACGGAGCCAUUUGAACCCGUUUAACUGUUUAAUCACAAAGGCUGAUGCAUGCUGUUGUAUCACAUGUGUAUAGUGAUUAAUAUAUGAUUUUAUUUUUUUUCGGAAAUUUUUUAUAUGCACCUGUCACUCAAGCAGUUGCAACAAAAAAACUUAAGCAGUUAUUCUAUUUUUAGCGAAUACCUUGUAUCUGUAUAGCUGCCACCCUACUCUAUACUGUAGCUUGGCAAGCUGAUGUUGUUUAGUUUAGUGCUGUUUUGUUCUUUUUCUAGUUUUAAGCGUUAAUAUUCAUUUUUGUUUCGUAUUGUACACAUUUUGAGAUUCGCCAUGAACUAAAUUUAUUCACCAAAACAACCGAAACCACAUCGUACAUCAGAUAUUUAAACUCAUAUGGGACUGGUAGUAAAGCCCAGCAACACGUAUUCAUUAAUACCAACAAAACAUGGUACAUUUCAAAA